AUGAAAUAUUGGAGCGGUCUUCAACCCUUAACUGCAGAGAAUUCUUCUGGAGUGAGCCAAGAGGAUAUAAACAGUAUGAUGUUUUCUUCUCAGGUCAUCUUCGCAUCAUAUUCGACGCUAUUUUACCUGCUGCUUCUCAUUUUGAGCAUACUCGGCAUCUUUAAUAAGCCGUGCUUUAAGAUCUUUACACCUCAAGCUAACUUUAUACUCUUUCUUAUCGAGGCUCUGCUGGUUUUUGUGAACAUAUUCGCAAUUGAAAACGAGCUUGAGAUGAGGAGCUACUUCCGCAUCGCCACAGGCUUUGUUAUUGGAAUAGCAUUCACGAUCUUUGGCGCAUUCCUCUUCUUUACAAAAGCAGAUGACAAUAAUCAUCACCGUACCCUUGAGCGACAGCAACCUUCAAUGGGACUCGUUGUGGCAACAAUAACGAUUCCACUUAUCAUCGCUGAAGUUUUUCUGAUUGCUUCAACUUUCGGUCCAGCGAGACUGAAAGGCCUGUUCCACAGGCGUUAUGCUUGGGUCCUUGCUAUUUCAGACAAGUUAACUUUCCUUAUUCAGAAGAUUGACCAAGCGAUCGUUUACAUUAUUCUCAGACAUAAAGUGACUUCUCACCACCACAGAGAAAGUGCGCGGUUUUAUUUUCAAAUACUAUCACUUCAUCGUAUGGGUAGACUUUCAAGUGAACAAGAAGCAGUAAUGACGUAA